GACGGAUUGGCAGCAAGUGUUGUAGCUCAAACGUUUAAGUGUGUUGAGUUUGUAUUUUUCGAAAGCUAGAAUAGCAAGUAAUAAAUAUACAAUUCAUAUUUGGCAAGCUUUUAAAAUUAGCGUAUACAUUACAACAUGAUUCGAUGACGACAUCCGUUAUUAGAUGCCGAUAUUGAGAUUACUCUUAUGUAGGACACGGAAUAUUGCUUUAUAAUACAAAAUGGGAUCACAUCAUACUACGAUUUUACUGUGUGCCUUCGUUGGAUGCUUAUAUUAUUCAUUCUGUCAAGGUAUCAACAUUCCAAAGUCAACAACACUUUAUGAAAAUGAAAAUGGCGACGAAAAUUCGGAUAAAAUGGUUGUUCAUGGCGAAAACGCCUUUGUCGGUGGAACAAAUUAUUUUGUCAUUUUAAACCUCAAUAAGACUUCGACAGAAAACAGCAGAAAGAUCACGUUCAAUUCGACAUCAAGAAAUUAUGGUUUUUGUAAGCAAUUCUCGGCCGAUUUCCAUUGCGAAAACACUGUGCGGAUAUUGGAAGUGACGUCACAAGGAGAAUUGCUGGUCUGUGGAACGAAUGCUAAAAAGCCGAAAUGUUAUUAUUAUAAUAUUGAGAAUUCAACAUUUAAAGAAACAAGAAUGGAUGCAAAAUCAUGGUUUUCUGAUUCUCCCACAAGUCAAACAAGAUCACUAGUCAUGGGUAAAGAAAAUUCAACAGAGGACGAAUUCUACGUUGCUUCAACCCCAUCUGUGUCAAAGGAAGGAAUAUUUUCAAAAAGAAUUCCAGAAUCAUUGUCAACGAAUAGAGGAUGGUUUAAUGGCCCAGAAUUUAAAGGCGUUUAUACAGUGCCAAACAAGAACAAUGUAUAUUUAUUUUUGAACGAAAAAUCUACCAAUUUCGUGGGUGGCACUUUCAAUGCGGAAAACACAAAGAACGAUUUCUACAGUAUGGUUGGACGAGUAUGCAAGAAUGACCAGGGAGGUUCAUGGAAUAAAAAUAUAUGGAUGACGUUUAGCAAAGUCCGAUUAAUUUGUCCUUGGCCUGGUUACGCCAUAACAGACGAUGAAAAUUUGUACUAUAACGAAUUAGUUUCUACGUUUCAAAUUAAAUCGUCAAUUUUCGGAAUGUUUAGAACAAGCAGAAACUGGGGUCUUCCUACUUACGCUCUUGCAGAAUAUGAUACAGACGUCAUUGAUGACGUCAUGGAAGGGAAAAUUUUCGAAAACAAUAAAACAAAGUACUUCCACAAAACGAAUCCAAAUAAUGAAAUAUCAUUCGAACCGAGCGGAGAUACUCCAUUCUUACCGGGACAGUGCCCUACUACAUUGCCGUACCAACUGAAAAGUGCUUUCGAGAAAUUCGUUCUAGAAAAUAUUCUAAUCAAAACAAACGUUGCACCAAAGGGCGGAAAACCGUUUUAUGUUGGCAAUGCAGAUCAUAAAUAUAAGUUUAUGUUUAUUCACAGCACAGAAUGGAGCAAGACCAUACUAUUACUUUCAGAAAACGGGUAUUUGAAGAAAAUUGUACGCCAUUCUGAUAUGACCACAUCAGAUAUAUUCGAACGUAGAGUAUACCAGGGUGAUGACGUUAUCAUGACUGCUGAACUAGUUGAAGAAAAAGGUUACAUCUUGGCAGUGACAACUUCAAAAGUUAUGUCUUUGCCGAUUCAAUUUUGUUCGCUGAAUAUCGAUUGUGAGACAUGCAAUUCCGAUCCCGAAUGCGAAUGGAAGGGAGACGAUGAAGACCUCAACUUCUCAUGCUAUGUUGCAAAAAACAAAAAGCAAAGAACAUGUCCGAUAUCUCCUGAUACUCCACGAAAUUUGUCUGCACAACUAGGGAAAGAUGACGUCAGAAUUACUUGGAACCAGAACGAUAUAACGGCACAUAUCUUUAAUAUUAUCACUAUUAAAGUAGAGAAAACGAAGAAAAUCGUGUUCUCGCAGAAAACAUUAAAAAACAAAAUGAUUAUAAAACGUUCGACAUUACAAGAUGGUUGCAUUUACCAAGUGGAAGCAAGGUCUGUGAACGAUACUGUCAUAAGUAAGGAAAUCAAAAGAAACUUUACGACAGACCUGCAGAGACCAGAAGUCACUUUACUUCGGGGAGAAAACAACAUCGGUAUCAGUUGGUCAAACGUACCAGGAGCCGUGAAAUACCUGGUUCGAUUGAUCAAGUACAACGGAGAAAUUUCUCAAGAAAUUUUAUUUCUCCCUACUAAGAAAAAUAAUAUUUUUUAUUUUUCAAACAUCGAUGACAGCGAAACAUACACUGUAACAGUACGAGCGAUUUCACAGGACGAAAUCGAGUCCACAGGCUCAGUGGACUACGUGCGAGCCUCUAGCGGCCAGGUCAGCACCCCAACUCUCUCGUCAAGUGAUUGCACAGCAGUGACUCUCGCGCUUACAAUAUUUGUUGCGCUGUUUCUCAUUUCUCUUAUUGUUAUUUUACACAAUGUAUGGAUAAUAAAACCGAGGGUCAAUGAGUUGAAAAACGAUAUUGAUGGUUGUUCAUAUAAAAGGCAAUAUUUAUUAUUAUGGAGUAAAAAACACGAAAGAACACAUUUAAAGUGUGACGACGCUGUAAUGUCAACAACAAGCGCAUGAGUGUAAAUGUGUUUGUGCAAUCAGUCUGUCAUAUGAUAUGCAAUAUAAAAAAAUCAAAACCAAAUAACGCAUUCCUCUUGGAGUUCAUACUGUCUUUUUAUCGUUCACUUCAUUGUGAAUAAUCAUUGUUAAAAAAUUCACUUUCAAAUAAGUGCUAUUGUUGUACUAUUUUUAUGGAUAUACACAUAUAUAUUUUUUUUAUUUUUUUAUUUAUUCAAUGUUACAUCAUCUGAUUUUAAAUAUUAACUGUUGAAAAAAAACAGCAAAUACUUUGCGAUUCUUGGGUAAUUUUAGUUGUUCAACAUUGUGUUAUAAACCGCAUGUGUCUCAAUAACAAUACGAUUCAAAAUAUUUUAAUAACUUUAAUAUAUCGGCUGAUUUGCUGAAACUUUAGUCUUCCCAUAUUUUAUUCUUUCAAGAGCUUGCCAUUUUUUUUUUCAUUUGCAUUGCAGUUUCUUAUCGAUAUGUUCAACCAUCCCUGAUUCAAUGAUAAUUCUUAUAUCGUAUUAUCUAUGUGUGUGGCCUAUAUCAAUAAUAAAUUAUUUCGUGCUUUAUUUUUUUUUAUGAAAUAAAAUAAUUUUGAAAAUGA